UCUGUCUCUGUCUCUGUCUCUCUCUCUCUCUCUGAUAUCGUCAUAUUCUUAUCUUCCCUUUUCUGAAUGUUGGUUCUGCAUCUCUGAAUCUCUGAUUCUAUCCAUGGGUUGUGUGUCUUCCAAAUUUGCAAGAAGAGAGAUCGAGGAAGAAAAAGAUGGUGGUAGCGCGAACCACGUCGUCUUCCUCACGUCCAGCACGUAUGGCGUCCUCAAUCUGGACAGAGGACCAGAGGAAGCGCGAAGCCCGUUCACCACCAUCUCCAAAUUUCGUGGCAUCUCUUCCGUGUUCAGCCCCAACCGCUCCGAGCCGGAGAUCAUCAAUGCUCGAGAGCUAAUGGCAGGUCUAGAGGACGAUGCGCCUCAGUCUUCCCCUGUAAAUAACAAAUCCAGGUCCAACCAUGGCGUUUUGGCUGCUGCCCAUCAUGAUUCAAAGGAUACCAACAAGAAGAAGCAGCCUACGAUGCCGAGAAAGUAUCCGGCGGAUAAGGAGAACGUGCAGUCUCCGGGAUCAGAGAAGCAGAGAUCGCCGCUUGGUGUAAGGCAAGUGCUGAGGCCUUCCAAUUUGAUGGAAAAUCAGGGCCCCCUUUCUAAGCCAGGUACGAAGAAGGUCACCGUGGACAAGAAUCCUAAAGAGAGUGGAAGAUUUUCGAUGUCGUCCAGGCGGUACUGCAAUCCGCUUUUCGACCCCGAACUUUUGGCCUCCUUUGAGAACGAAUUGUCCUUGGAGGAAGAAGAGAGGAAAAGGUCCCCUGCACAUCUGUUGGGUUCAUUCAAGGAGAAGUGUCCGCCUGGUGGUGAAAGCUGUGUAGUGCUCUACACGACGACUCUGCGCGGUAUCAGAAAGACGUUCGAUGAUUGCAACAAGGUGAGGUCCGCCAUCGAAGAAUACGAGGUUCGGAUAAUCGAGCGGGACAUCUCGAUGGACUCUGGGUUUAAGGAAGAGCUGAGGGAGUUGAUGGGGCCAAAGGAAGCAAAAGUACCGAUGGUGUUCAUAAAAGGAAGGUGCAUUGGUGGCGUGGAAGAAGUGACGAAACUUCAGGAGAAUGGGAAGUUGGAGUUGCUCGUUACUGGGCUGCCGAGGGCCACUAGCUGCGGAAAUGGCAGAGGAUGUGUUGGUUGUGGAGGGGUAAGGUUUGUUGUCUGCAUGGAUUGCAACGGAAGCAGAAAGAUUUUGGAUGAGAACAAAGAAGUUGCAAAAUGUGGGGAAUGUAAUGAGAAUGGAUUGAUCUUGUGUCCCAUUUGCAGUUGAUCAUGAAUUAUGGUAACUUAGAAUUUUGCAGCAACGGGCUUGUUGUCGGGAUGUGAGUGUCUAUUUUGGUAUGCUACUUAUCUGGUACUUGUUUUCUGUCACUAUUAAAAUUGCCACCACGAUUUUUCUUAGUCCUUUUUCUUUUGUCUGUGUAUUCUGUUCUGUAAUCGAAAUGUAGAGAAAAUGUUCUUUUUUUCUCUAGAAACGAAUACAUAAAAUUAUUUGCUCA